AUGUCGCAGUUCCCUCCUAGCUCAAAGAUUCUCGAUUCCUCGGAUGGCACAAAGAUAUAUGCAGAUGCCUUUGGAGAUCCGAGCAAACCAAGUAUCGUCUUCGUCCAUGGGCAAGCUCUGAGUGGUGUCGUAUUUGAUAAGAUCUUCACGGACAGGCGAUACACCGAGCAAUUUUAUCUGGUUCGCUAUGAUAUGAGAGCACACGGACGAAGCGACAAGCCAGAAACAGAGGAAGGAUAUGCUUCAAAGCUCUUCGCUGACGACUUCGCAGCGGUCAUGAAAGCAUUCAAUCUGCAUAAGCCCCGCGGGGUAUCUUCCGAAGCUACCAUGUGCGUCGAUAUCGCCGCUCACUUCCCCGAGAAUCCGUUCGCAGGUAUUGUCUACCUCUGCGGGCUGCCCCACGUCGGUCCAAUAAUCCAACGAGUUAUAACCCCCGAGGUCCUCAGCAUGGUUUCGGGUCUCGUCUCCGAGGAUUCUAUCGCAACGUCCCUCUCCACGAUGCGCACGUUUAUCGACUUGCUUUUCCUCAAUCCAACGAAAAUUCCAUGGGAGUUCCGAGUCCUGUUAUUCGGAAUGACUGGUCUACAACGACCUUUUCAUCGUCAACUCACGUUAACUCGGCAUCAAGACCCAUCCAGGCUUUUUGAGCUUGGUAAACAGGGACUUCCAUUGCUCGUCCUUGGCGGAUCAUAUGAUAGGCAGAUAAUGAAUGACGCCGUUGCUGCCGAGAUGCGUCCGUAUUUCAGGAAUAUGGAAGUCCACUCCAUCGAGAAAGAUGGAAGCCAUGCUGUCUUUUUAGAGAACCAGGAGGAAACGAUGGAUAGAAUUUUAGAUUUUGCUCGAAGGGUGAAUGCCCGAGCAAAGUUGUGA